AUGCAGCCCAACAGCAGUUUGCCGAUGAGACCAAGAGGCCGGAAUUCGACGACGGAAAAGAAUCGGCGGCAGCAAAUGAAAGUCCUUUAUCGUCGACUCGCCUCUCUUGUCUCUCGUGAAAACUCUCUGGAAAAAUGUCCGGCUUUCGACUUGUUGAAUCACGCCACGAACUACAUAAAAAAACUAGAGAAAAGCGUUGAAGAGCUGAAAGCAAGAAAGGACAGUCUACAAGCAUCAGUGGUGGUAUUAGCCGUGAAUGACAAUGAGAGAGGUGAAAGUUUGGAGAUAAAUAUAGCUAGUGGGUGGGAGAACAAGAAGUUGAAGAUGGAUAAAGUGUUUGGGAUUGUUCAAGAGGAAGGCGCAGAAGUUGUGAGUGCAACCAACUCCACUGUGGCUCUCAACAUCUACCAUACAAUUCUUUGCAAGGCAUUUUCACCGAGGCUUGGAAUGGAUACAAAUAGAAUACAAGAACGGUUGAAGAACUAUAUUUCUGGCGGAUCAUAUCAAUUCUCACCUCAUAUGCCUUCAUUGAAUGAUGAUCAGACCAAGACACCAAAAACUCAUAAGACUUUUUGUGACAUGUUUCUAUUCUCUUCUCCAAUGGCUUUCAUUGAUCCUGCUGCUUACGAUACUGCGUCUUAUGAACGUACCGUGUCUGUAGUUCCCGUAUCCUCUUCUCAAGUUACUCCUAAUCUCUUGUCUUUAGCCCACCAUUUUGUCUCCAUGAAGCGUACAACCCGCAGGUAUAUGGGUGAUAUUCUCAAACGGGCGGACAUGACUGACUGUAAGCCAUUAGCAACUCCUGCUUCGGUUGCUCGUUCUGUGUCCUCCUUGUGA